AUGCACUUGCCUCGCCCCUGGCCUAUAUUGAACGGCCUCUUGGUCACACUUCUCUUAUCGAAGUCAGUGUAUGCGAUUGAUUUGGAUAUUAGUGAUGAACAAACUAUUUCUCAUCAAACCUCCCCAUUCCCUCUAUGUGGCUUACUGAAUAUACCCCUCCAACAUGGAAAAUCAAGCCGGCUGACCAUUUGGGCUAUCCAAAUAGAAUCCAUCAAAGAUGCCGCGAGCACAUCGGCCUACGCCAUGAUGACUUACUAUAAGGGCAACGAGACCGGCCAUAUUCCUGGAGCUUUCGCAAGCAAAUGGUGGGAGGGUGCAGCGCUGUUUUUAGCCCUUCUUCAAUACUGGCACUUCACGGGAGAUACGACCUAUAAUGAUAAUCUCCGUGUUGGAUUGGAGUGGCAAGCUGGUGACGAUGACUACAUGCCGACAAAUUACAGUUCCUAUAUUGGGAAUGAUGAUCAAAUGUUCUGGGGCUUGGCAGCCAUGACUGCUGCGGAGCUGAAAUUCGCCGAUGCCACUGAUGUUGGCGACAACUACUCGUGGCUCUCCCUCGCGCAAGGUGUCUUCAACAGUCAGAUCAAGCGAUGGGACUCCGAUACUUGUGACGGUGGACUGCGGUGGCAGAUCUGGACUUACGAGUCUGGCUACACUAUGAAAAACUCCAUCUCCAAUGGUGGGCUGUUCCAGCUAGCGGCACGCCUUGCACGAUACACAGAGACCGAGACCUAUGCCAAUUGGGCCCAAAAGAUCUGGGACUGGUCGAUAUCUUCGCCCCUUCUCAGCAACACCACCUGGAAUGUGGCGGAUUCGACAGUCACCACAAAUGAUUGUGCCACACAAGGCAAUGACCAAUGGUCGUAUAACUACGGUACAUACUUAAUGGGUGCUGCUUAUAUGUAUAACUAUACAAACGGCAGCUCUGUUUGGCUCGAAGCAGUCGAUGGUCUGUUGAACAAAACAUUCACGCAUUUUCUAAACGAUGAUAUCCUGGAGGAAAAGCUAUGUGAGCCAACCGAAGUCUGUAACGACAACGAAAUUCUCUUCAAGGGCCUGGUUUCCUCUUGGCUAUCAUUCACGGCUCUUUUGGUUCCGUCAACCUAUGACACAAUUUUGCCGAUCCUUCAAACUUCUGGACAGGCCGCAGCUAAAUCAUGCACCGGCCAUAAUAACAACACUUGUGGGGUAAGAUGGUACAAGUCGACAUAUGAUGGAUGGAUAGGCAUGGAAGAAGAAAUUAGUGCCACGAACAUCUUCGUUGCGAACAUGAUUGCUUUCAACAGUUCGGCUCCAGUUACGGCGACUACUGGUGGAAAUAGUACCAGUAACCCCAGCGCUGGUGAGAACGACACUUCUUCAACAACCACCCAAUCUACUAUCACCACAGGCGACAAGGCGGGUGCUGGAAUUUUAACGGUGGUUUUUGUCUCGACAUGGGUUGGCUUGAUGACAUGGACAAUCCUAGGCGGAUAA